AUGCAAUUAUCCAGGUCAUGUCAAAAAAAUAGAAACAAUGAUAAAGAUCAUAAAGAAUUUGAAAUUUGUUGUCAUCAUUGUGGAGGAAAUCAUCUUUCUACAGACUAUAAUUGUGCUGUCAUUAAAGAAUAUCGUUCAAAAGUGAUUUCUGAAAUUAAGCAUCAUCCAGAACGUCUACCACCAAAUGUGCAGUUAUUUAGUCCUUCACAAUAUCGUGAUCCACGUGAAAGCAGUAAAGUAAUUUAUAAUAACAAAGUAACAAAUCAUCAAUCACAAAUCAAACAACAACAGUAUAACAGAAAUGACAAUAAUGUAUGGCCAAAUCUUAAUUUUCCUUUUCAAAAUAUGUCAACAACUACAUCCUCGAUAAUGAAUGUAGGCGGAGUUUAUGUUUCCCCGCGUACACAAGCCCCGUUUGAGCUGUUUGAAAAAUGUCUUUAUAAUGUCCGCGUCGGAAGAUCAUUUGUCGACUGA